AUGGUGGCCUUUGCCCAGGUGGCCACGUGCACCCACGUGCCCCUGAGCCCCCCACUCUGGGUGCCGGCUCAGUACAGGGGGGUGUCAGCACGGGCCUUCUGCGGCAUCAUCUUCGGCUGGGCCUCCCUCGUCUUCGUCCUCAAGGACCUGGACUACUUCAAGGACCUCUGCGAGCCCACCGCCUGUGCCAGCCCCAACCAGACUCUACUGUGCGACUGCAGCCGGCAGGAUGAGCAGUUCUCCCUGGUCUUCACCAUCGGCUCCUUUAUGAACAACUUCAUGACCUUCCCCAUGGGCUUCAUCUUCGACCGCUUCGGCACCACCGUCGCCCGCCUCAUCGCCAUGUGA